AUGCACACCCUCCUGCUCCUCCCUCCGGCUCACCCUCGCAUCAAGCACGUCGUCGUGCUCUACGAGGAGAACCGUGCCUUUGACCACUUCUUUGGCCACCAGCGGAGGCUCAAGGUGGACGGGCUCAAGGGCGACGAGAGCAACCCCGUCAACCCGGCCGACCCGGCUGCCGGAGCCGUCGGCGUGUCCGGCGGCGCUCCUUACGUGGCGAGGGAGCAGCCGAGGCACGGCUACGCGGCCUACCAGACCAAGCUCGAUAUCGUCGGCGGUGUGCCUCGCAUGGACGGCUUUGUCGAGUACGAGCGGUCCGUGCACCCUUUCGCGCAUCGCACGGCCGACGCGGUGAUGCAGGGCUUCUCGGAUGGAGCGCUGCCCGUGAGCACCGCGCUUGCAGCCGAGUUUGCCGUCUUCGACCGCUGGUUUGCGGCGUUCCCCGGCCCGUCUUGGCCGAACCACAUGUUUUCGAUCUCUGGCACGGCCGGCGGCGGGACAAACACCGGGGAUGGCCACCUCUGUCGUCCGGGUGCGAGGUACCCGCAGCGCACCAUCUUCGACUCUCUGCUGGCGGCGGGGCACGAGUACGCCCGCAUCUACAACGACUCUGGAGUCAACAAGUCGCUCGGCGCGCUCGGCGGGCCAAACAGCGACCACCCCGACUGCUGCGACGUGGCGCUCGGCGAGCGGCUGCGGAAGGACCUGUACGAGGCCGUGCGGGCCGGGCCGGGCUGGAACGAGACGGCGCUCCUCUUCACGUGGGACGACCCAGGGGGCUUCUACGACCACGUGCCGCCGCCGAUGGCCGCUCCGCCGCCCGACGACCAGCCCGCCUGCUUCUGCUUCGAGGGCGGAGGCGCCUCUUGCCACGGCCGCGACCCGCGAGGCCUCGACCCGUACGCGCGGCUCGGCUCGCGGCUGCCUGUCAUCCUCAUCUCGCCGUGGCUCGCAAAGGGCACCGUCGUCUCGGAGCCUUCGGUCCGGCCGUUCGCCGACUCGCAGUACGACGGCACGUCCAUCGUCGCGACGAUCAAGCGACUCUUCGAGCUGCCCAACUUCCUGACGAAGCGCGACGCGUGGGCGGCGCCCUUUGACCACCUCUUCGACCGCCUCCCCGCCCCGCGCACCGACACGCCACGCCACCUGCCCGACGCGCCUCCGCCGACGAGGCGCCGCGGCCCUCGGCCGUACGGAACAGACUGCGACGAGCCGUCGAGGCGGAUGCGCCGCGCGAUCUCCGCCUUCGAGGAGGCGCUCGGCGUGCGCGCGCCCGAGCGGCUGCAUGCGUGCGCCGAGGCCGCCCCGCUGUGGGCCACCUCGUGUGAGGGCGGCACGAUGCUCGAGGCGUCCGAGUGGCUCGCCAAUGCGACGCGCGAGUGGCGCGCGGGGCCGGGCGCCCGCGUCGGAGACGCAGAGUAUUGCAAAUAA